AGUGUCAAGUGUCGUGUUGUCUAUUUCUGUUUAUGUUUUUUACCAAAGUGAAAUCUUUAUCUACUUGUGAUUAAAUCUUAUCUUUCCUUGCCUUGCACCUACAUAUAUGGCUACAUUAAAAGCUAUAUAAUUAGUGUCUUAGUCAGGAAGAUUCUGAUAUUUUAUUAGUGUUUUUUGUAGUGGUUUUAUUUAAUGUGAACAAGAAUGAACUUAUCUUUUGCUGGCUGUGGAUUCCUCGGAAUAUACCACGUUGGAGUAUCAGUAUGCUUCAAAAAAUAUGCACCACAUUUGCUUUUAGGAAAAAUAUCUGGAGCUUCUUUUGGUGCUCUAUCAGCUUGUUGUCUUCUUUGUGAUUUGCCCAUCGGUGAGCUAACUAGUGAUGUGUUGAGGGUUGUAGGAGAGGCUAGAGCAGGCUCAUUGGGACCAUUCAGUCCUUCAUUUAAUAUUCAAAAUGUCCUUCUCGAAGGCAUGGAAAAGUAUUUACCUCCUGAUGCCCAUAAAAAGGUCAGCGGUAAACUUCAUAUUUCACUAACAAGAGUAUAUGAUGGUCAAAAUGUAAUAGUGUCAGAAUUUCCAACAAGAGAUGAUCUUAUGCAAGCUCUAUUGGCAUCUUGCUUCGUACCAGUAUUCUCAGGGCUGCUCCCUCCAAGAUUUCAUGGCAUCCGCUACAUGGAUGGUGGUUUUAGUGAUAAUUUACCAGUUCUUGAUGAGAACACUAUCACAGUGAGCCCCUUUUGUGGCGAGAGUGAUAUCUGUCCAAGGGAUUUAAGCUCACAGUUGUUCCAUGUGAACGUAGCGAACACAAGUAUAGAACUAUCAAAACAAAACAUAAACCGUUUCGCCCGUAUUCUCUUCCCUCCGAAACCAGAAGUACUGAGCAACAUGUGUAAACAGGGUUUUGACGAUGCACUUCGAUUCCUUCAAAGGAACAAUAUGAUCUCUUGUACACGCUGUCUUGCCGUGCAGUCGACAUUUCAAUUGCAAGACGUUUUAGAUGACACGACUUUUGAUUUCGAUCCUGAAUGUGAGGAAUGCAAAACGCACAGACAGGACGCACUAGUAGACGAUCUCCCCGACACAGUGAUGACAAUAUUCCAAAACGCUAUAGACUCCGCGAACAGUGGCAUCAUAAAUUGGAUGAUGCGAAAGAGAGCGAUGCGCUAUCUAUCAGUACUCACGCUGCCAUAUAGAGUGCCCAUUGACGUCAUGUACGCUACUUUCACCAAUUACGUUGGUGAUAAAGUAGAGACGCAUGCGGUGCAAUACACAGUGGUUGGCAAUGUGUUCGUGCUUAAAAAGAGAUGUAAGCGCCACAACAACCUGCUGACUAGAUUUGUAACGUGCACUCCGAAAAUGAGCAAAUCCUUAUGGCGACUCAGCUGGAACAUUCUACAGCAGCUUCAUGGAUUUAUGUACUCCGCCCAUGAUAGGUCAGAGGCCGCUGCCAAGAUAUACUACAAACUUACCAUGGAUUCAAAGAAAGAUGGCGGUGAUGGUUAUCAGCUUGAUAGAAGGCGGGCGAGCGAGUUUCGUAUAUCGUACACCGACGUGCGUGCACCAGCCGAUGAAUCUGAUGCUUUCGAGCAUAUCCUCAACGUGACGUCACACAAUGACGCGCUCCUCGCUUACUACUACCUCGACAGCGAUAACAAGAUGAAAAUGACCGAGAUAUACGACGUGACUGACGCUGACACAGAGGCGGUGCAGUCUCAGACUGAGCGCGACAUCAACAAGCAACUAGAGUUCGACAACGAAUGGGCGGCGGACCUCAUAGCCGACAACGACGAACUGGACUUGGAUGAAAUGGAGGAUGACGAGUUAGGCGAUCGUAACAUGUUCUCUGACCCGGAGAGCGAGUGGACGGAGCGUCGCUCCUCCGUCGACAGUUGCGAGUACGACGCGCGUCAACCGGAGGAAGAUAGGCAUCGCGCACACUAACCCGCUGCCAACAAACGUACACGUACAUGUAUAAGUCCCGUAAAUUGCUAAUGCGC